AUGAUGCGAGGGGGCCGCAGGCAUGAGACGAACAGCAUAUAUUCGAUGGUGUCAUGCAGCGACCUGACCCCCGGCAGCCUGGAAGUGUGGGUGGACCUUCCAGACGAGAUCAAGUACGACCCCUCUCUCGCACCCUUCAAACAGCUGUACGAGCAACACCAUGGCAAGUUGGAAACAGUCACCAGCAAAGCGGAAGGGGACAGAACAAUUUUCAACGGAAAGGCGACAGACAAUCUCGCGUUGGACAAUCAUGCUGGGCGCGAUGUUAUUGCCAAGGAUUGCGAGAUCAGCAGGUUAACGGAACCAAAUAAGCAAACGGAAGAGAAGAAAAUAAGAUCAAAGAAAAAGAAACAGAUAGAUCGGGCGUUACGCGUUUUCAAGUUGGGCGCGUUGGUCGCCUGUUGGGUCCUGCUGACGGUAUCCCUGCUCCUCAACAUGGAGACCAGCGACGUAGUGUUGCACACCGCGAUAGAAGCCGGCCACGUCAAGGAAUACGAAUUGAGCCCCGCUUCGGAUAGAGUGAAGGUGCUGGUCACCCUCACGGGCCCCUUUGAAGAAACGGUGACCAACGAAACAGGAAAUCUUCUACAUCUGUGGCUGCGAAAGGGUUCCACUGACGGUUCUGGAUUCGAACAGAACUCAACCAUCUGGACGGUGCAUCUGAAGGCCGAUGAUGUGAUGGACUUUGCGCCGAGCGUCUCCGACAGCAGAGUGCUGGAGCUCGAACAGAGGAUAGAAGCUGAAGCAACAGUCGACAGGAACAGAACUCACCAUCUCAACUCUACGAGACUUAUGAUGCAGGACAAAAAUUUUUACGUGGAAGUGGGUGGAAACGAUACGAAAGUCGCGCUUUGUUUAUCGAGUACGAGCAACAACACAGUUCCCAUAACAGUCAGCUAUCACCUGGAUCCGAUCUCCGAGGAGGACGGCAUCAUCUACGCUACCCUACUGCUGUGCUGUCUGUACAUCUUGAUAAUUUUCGAGAUAGUAAAUCGGACAAUAGCAGCGCUUCUGUCCUCGUCUCUGGGGAUAGCAGUGCUGGCUCUUGGAGGGGCGCGGCCUUCCUUGCCCGAGUUAGUGUCCUGGCUGGAUGUGGAAACCCUGCUGCUGUUAUUUAGCAUGAUGGUGCUCGUCGCAAUCCUGGCAGAGACGGGGUUGUUCGAUUACUUAGCAGUGGUCGCUUUCGAGGUUACAGGAGGCAGGACAUGGCCGCUGAUUAACUGUUUGUGCUUUUUCACUGCGUUCUUCUCCACUUUCCUCGACAAUGUGACCACGGUGCUAUUGAUGACGCCUGUAACCAUACGGCUGUGCGAAGUGAUGCAACUGAACCCAGUGCCAGUGCUGAUGUCAAUGGUGAUCUUCAGCAAUGUGGGUGGUGCCGCGACGCCAGUUGGUGACCCGCCCAACGUUAUCAUCGCCAGCCAUCCGUCAAUUUUACAGGAGAACAUCAACUUCACCAAUUUCACUCUCCACAUGGGGCUCGGUAUUUUACUUGUAGCUGCUCAGACUUACGUGCAGCUUAGAUAUAUGUUCCGCGACAUGAACAAGCUACGUCACACCGUACCAAGGGACAUACAGGAAAUGCGUCAAGAGAUAGCAGUGUGGCGUCGUGCAGCCGCGUCCCUGGCAUCUUACUCAAGAGACGAGGAUAUCGUUAGAAGAGCACUGGAGAAGAAGGUGCAGAAAUUGCACGUAACGCUGCUAAAGAGGGAGGCGGGAAGUGGAAAGUCGAAAUCAGAUCCGCUCUUCUGUUCUACGCUAGCGCAAAUGAAACAAAAGUACCGCAUCAGGGACAAGCAGCUUCUGAUUAAGUCGAUAGUGUGCGUAGCAUUUGUAGUAAUCGUGUUCUUCCUUCACGCCAUACCGGAGCUACAACGGCUCUCAUUAGGCUGGACGGCCUUGCUUGGCGCGAUUUUGCUUCUAUUAUUAGCAGAAAGAGACGACUUAGAACCGAUCCUGGCCAGAGUCGAAUGGUCUACUUUGCUGUUCUUCGCAGCUUUGUUCGUUCUGAUGGAAGUGCUCUCUAAGCUGGGCUUGAUCUCCUGGAUUGGAAAGAUCACGGAGUCUCUAAUUUUGAAGGUCGGGGAGGAGUCGCGUCUCACCGUAGCUCUGAUGCUUGUUCUUUGGGUGUCGGGCAUCGCGUCCGCCUUCGUGGACAACAUCCCGCUGACGACGAUGAUGGUGCGCGUGACGGCGGCGCUGUCGGCGCCCGGCGGGCUGGAGCUGCCGCUGGCGCCGCUCGCCUGGGCGCUCAGCUUCGGCGCCUGUCUCGGAGGCAACGGUACUCUAAUCGGAGCCAGUGCGAACGUGGUCUGCGCCGGGGUUGCCGAGCAGCACGGCUACCGGUUCACAUUCAUGCAGUACCUCAAGAUCGGAUUCCCCAUCAUGAUCGGGAACUUAUUGGUCGCGUCAGUCUACCUUAUUUUCUGCCACACAGUCUUUAACUGGCAC